CAAUCACCAUCGUCGUCAUCCAGUGUGUGUGUGUGUGUGUGACUCGAAUUUAGAGAAAAAAAAAUUUUUCAUACAGAAGCCUGUGCCGUAUCAAAUACACGUAUACAGGCGCGGCUUCGUCAGUGUGUUGUGUUGUGCUCUCCCUCUUGUACAGGGAUCGCUGCAGCAGCUGAAAAACCGCAGCAGCGCUAUUAUAAGCAGCCGACUCCGAUAAAUUCGGACCCGCUGAGCCUUGUCUUCCUCCGCGGGUCCGUCCUAUCGCGGGGGAGGACCGCGACUAGUCGGUCACCAUGAUGAUGUAUCCCAAGAGCAGCUGCAAAUACGUCUUUUUUCUGCUGCUUCUCGUGCCCUACAUCGAGACAGCGAUACGGCUGAACGAGUACAUCCGGCACUACGAGCCUCUGACCUACGACGCGGCGGAGCUGAAUCGUCAUCAUCAGCGCGCGAGGCGCUCCGCAGCCGGUGCCAGGGGCGAUCUGGCGCUGAAUCUGCGUUUUCGCGCCCACGGCCGAGAUUUCAGGCUGAGGCUGAAGCGGGACGUGAGCACGUUCAGCGAGAAGCUGGUGGUCGUAGGGCCCUCCAAUGAUAAAGAGGAGCUCGACACGUCGCACAUUUAUCAAGGACACCUAGUCGGUGAACCCAAUAGUCAUGUAUUCGGUAGCAUAAGUAGCGAUGGAAUUUUUCACGGCAAAAUCGUGUCGCCGCGCGACGGCGCCUGGUACGUGGAGAAGUCGCACUAUUAUUUCCCGCCGCACGAGCGCAACGACACGGUGCACUCGGUCAUCUACCACGAGGCCGACGUCGAGGAUCCCUACGCGACAGUGAGAAAAGGCGAUGCCAGCGGCUGCGGCGUCACGGACGAGGUCGUCCAGUGGAUGGACAGGAUUCAGCAGUCGGGCGAGCAGGACACGUUGCCGCCCGCACCGGCCGCGGACUCGGGCAAGCAUCACGAUUCCGGCCCGUUCUGGCACGACGAGGCCGGCGGCGCCAGCAGCUCGAGUUACAAGUACAGCCGCGAGGCCAACUCGCCGACUUCGGGCUCGAGCAGGACGAGGAGGGCGGCCAAGCCCCAAGAGGACACGACGAAAAAGAACACCUGCUCGUUAUUCAUACAGACGGAUCCGCUCAUUUGGCGACACAUACACGACCAGAUGAAUCACGACGACGAUAAAACUCGAGAGGAGAUACUCUCGCUGAUCGCGCAUCACGUCACGGCGGUCAAUUACAUUUACAGAGAUACCAAAUUCGAUGGGAAAAUCGAGCACAGAAAUAUCAAGUUCGAGGUGCAGAGGAUAAAGAUCGAUGACGACAGCGCAUGCGAACAGGCGCAGGGCUAUGGCGAUCCAAAUCCAUUCUGCAUGGAGAACAUCGACGUCAGCAACUUUCUCAAUUUGCACUCGUUGGGCAAUCACGAGGACUUUUGUCUCGCAUACGUGUUUACCUAUCGAGAUUUCACUGGCGGUACACUGGGUCUGGCUUGGGUAGCAUCGGCCUCCGGUGCGUCGGGCGGCAUCUGCGAGCGCUACAAGACGUACACCGAGACGGUGGCCGGCAUGUACCAGUCGACCAAACGCUCCCUCAACACGGGCAUCAUCACCUUCGUCAACUACAACAGCCGAGUGCCACCGAAAGUCUCGCAACUGACGCUCGCCCACGAGAUCGGGCACAACUUCGGCUCGCCGCACGACUAUCCGGCCGACUGCAAGCCCGGCGGCCUCGAGGGCAACUACAUCAUGUUCGCCUCGGCCACCUCGGGCGACAGGCCCAACAACAGCAAGUUCAGCAAGUGCAGCAUCGGCAACAUCAGCAACGUCCUGGACGCCAUCGUGGACAACAAGAAGCGCAACUGCUUCAACGCCUCGGCCGGGGCCUUCUGCGGCAACAAGAUCGUCGAGGAGGGCGAGGAGUGCGACUGCGGCUACGACGACGACGAGUGCGCCGACCGCUGCUGCUAUCCCAGGCAGGUCAGCGUGCUCGAGCGCAUCAAGAACCAGACGGCGAAGGGCUGCACGCGCAAGCACGGCACCCAGUGCAGCCCGAGCCAAGGGCCCUGCUGCGCCAGCGACACCUGCAGCUUCGUGCCGCUGCGCGAUAGGGUGCAGUGCAAGGCCGAGUCCGACUGCAGCUACGCGUCCAUGUGCAACGGCCGCAGCCCCGACUGUCCGGCCCCGAUGCCCAAGGCCAACAAGACGCGCUGCAACGAGGGCACGCAGCUCUGCAUCAACGGCGAGUGCACCGGAUCCAUAUGCCUCGAGUGGAAUCUCACCGAGUGCUUCCUGUCCAGUCAGCUCAUACCCAACAUAGACAAGCGCAAGCUCUGCGAGCUGGCCUGUCAGAACGGCACCGACGGCUCGACCUGUCGCAGCACGAGCGAGUUCGCUCAUCUUGUGAAUCUCACCAAGGGCGGUAUCAGUCUGAGGCCCGGCUCGCCCUGCGACAACUUCCAGGGCUACUGCGACGUUUUUCUCAAGUGUCGAGCCGUCGACGCCGAGGGGCCUCUGGCUCGUCUGAAAAAUCUCUUACUCAACGAAGACACGUUACGAGGUGUUGCCAAGUGGAUUACGGACUACUGGUGGGCCGUACUGCUCAUGGGAAUCGGAUUCAUCAUUUUCAUGGGAAUAUUCAUCAAGUGCUGCGCCGUACACACGCCGUCGAGCAAUCCUAAAAAGCCACCGGCGCGACACAUUGGUGAUACCUUGAGAAGGCCGAUGAACACUCUCAGAAGAAUGCGGCAUCAUCACGGAGGCGGGGGUCGAGACGGCGGCGGUGGUCGCAGCGGGCAUUCCAGACAAGGUGGACAUAGUUCACGGGGUCACUCGCACUAUCCAGACGGACGAGCCGCGCAGUACUAUCCCAAAGGAUAUCGCUCGGUUCCCACAGCUAGUGCGCCACCCGGCAGCGCACCAUCCAGUCGCCCAUCCACGUCAUCAUCAUCCGCCGGUGGUGGUCACGGCGGCGGCGGCGGGGGCCGUCAUCACCACAGGUCCGCCGGGCCUCAUCAUCACCACCCCGAGCUCUAUGCCGGGGCCUAUACGCCCGGUAGCCGCGGCUCCGCCUACGAGAUGAGGAACCACAAGGUCUGACGCACGUCCAGGCCAGAUUCUCCAGACCAUCUUUUCUACGAUGCUCUAAUGGCUCAAGAGAUCUACAGUUUGUCCAAGCUGGUUAGCUACAACCACGCGUAAAAGAUAUAAUGAAGAACAAGAUAAAGAUACUCUACCUACGCCUUCGCGAUCGACGAAAAGGAAGAAAAAAAACAAACAAUAUUUUCCGAUCUUUUGUCGUGCGUGGUUCGCGCAAUUUGUUAUUGUAUAUUAAUGCAUAAGUCGUGACUAAGUUUCUCAGCGAUACGUUUUUUUUGUACAAAUAUAUUUAGUAUAUCUACUACUAUAUGUUCAAGAAUCAAUCUCCUUUAAUGUUUAAGUCUCCUUGCAUGGAGAGCAACCUAUUGUGUUCUUUCUUUUUCGUAAAUUGAUUUUUUAACAUGAAUGUUUUGAUAAUUUUUGUACUUUUUAUAUUUCUUUAUCGUGCGUUCAUUUUGUAUUAUAAAGUGUUACAAGUUUGCCUAUUUCGUGCGUUUCAGAGUGAAUAUACAAGCUGCAAGCAAACUAUAUAUACUAUCUGUGACGUUUUCCUACUCCGUUGACGACAAAUAAUUAAAUGGCCAUUUGCUCGAUUGAACGAUGAAUAUUUUUAAUUAAAAAAAUUCCAUAAAAGAAUGUAACAGGUUUCACUUGCUCAUAUUGAGAGUUGCGCCUACGUUGCAUUUCGCUAGCGUCAUAUAAUAUUUAGAUAGCCUAGACAUUUUCUAAUCUUUUCUUUUACAGACGAGAAAAGUUCGCGACUAAUCUUUGGCAAAUUCUUACGCGAAUUAUAAACUAAUUAACACUUCGUU